GCCGGGCGCCAUGAGGUUUACUUGGCCUGUGCGGAUUUUUGCAACCAGGCGGGAGGACCGACCUUCGUGGAGCGUCGCCAGUGCUACCGCGUUCGCUGUUUCCGCCGUUACAACCCCUUUUUUUUUUGUCUCUUCGCAAACACUUGCGCUGAACGAUGAUGAACGGCCAGAUGAAUGGUUUUCACAACUCCGUCAUUGACGAGGACUGCUUCUUGUUCACCUCGGAGUCUGUCGGAGAAGGGCAUCCCGACAAGAUCUGCGAUCAAAUCAGUGACGCGGUCCUGGACGCCCAUCUCAAGCAAGAUCCCGAUGCCAAGGUUGCGUGCGAGACUGUUGCCAAGACGGGAAUGAUCCUGUUGGCCGGUGAGGUGACCUCUCGGGCCACGGUGGACUACCAAAAAAUUGUGCGGGACACUAUUUGCCAGAUUGGCUAUGAUGACUCUGCUAAAGGCUUUGACUACAAGACCUGCAAUGUUCUCGUGGCCUUGGAGCAGCAGUCUCCUGACAUCGCUCAAGGCGUCCACGUCGACCGCAACGAAGAGGACAUCGGCGCAGGGGACCAAGGAUUGAUGUUUGGGUAUGCCACAGACGAGACGAAGGAGUGCAUGCCCCUCACAAUUGUGCUCGCUCACAAGCUGAACGCAAAGAUGGCCGAGCAUCGGCGCAACGGCACUCUGCCUUGGCUCAGACCCGACUCAAAGACGCAGGUUACCGUCCAGUAUCGUCAGGACCGCGGCGCCAUGCUCCCCGUGCGGGUGCACACAAUCGUCAUCUCGGUUCAGCACGACGAGGAGGUUUGCCUGGAGGAGAUGAGGGACGCCCUGAAGGAAAAAGUUAUCAAGUGCGUCGUCCCCUGUAAUUACUUGGACGACGACACAAUCUACCACCUGCAGCCGAGCGGCCGCUUUGUCAUCGGGGGCCCUCAGGGGGACGCCGGACUGACGGGGCGCAAGAUCAUCGUCGACACUUACGGCGGCUGGGGGGCCCACGGAGGUGGGGCGUUCUCCGGCAAAGACUACACUAAAGUGGACCGCUCCGCUGCGUACGCCGCGCGUUGGGUCGCCAAGUCCCUGGUGAAGGCUGAGCUCUGCAGGAGAGUCUUGGUUCAGGUGUCCUACGCCAUCGGAGUUGCCCACCCCCUGUCCAUUUCUAUCUUCCACUACGGGACCUCCAACAAGAGUGAGCGGGAGCUGCUGGACAUCGUGCGGAAGAAUUUUGACCUCCGUCCGGGAGUCAUCGUCAGGGAUCUGGAUCUGAAGAAGCCCUUGUAUCAGAGGACGGCAGCCUAUGGCCACUUUGGCCGUGACUCCUUCCCAUGGGAGGUUCCCAAAAAGCUCAAAUACUAAACCCUUGUUAAGCUUUUCGCCCUCAGGCUUGUUGGUGUAUACUACAGAGAAGCCUCCAAGAUUUCGGGGGGUGAAAUGCCCUUAUUAGCUGUCUUUUCUCUUUCCCUUCGCUGGAGUGAUUCAUCUGCCACAUGAUUCCCUAUUUGUCUCGUUUUGCUGGUUGCUUUAAUCAUGCUGGCUCCUUGCAGGCUUUCUUUUUUUCCUUAAAGCUUGGUGUUCCAAGAACUUGUCCCCUUCUCAUUGUGCUAGAGCCCGAUUGGGCCGCAGUUGUCGUUGUUUAACCCGAGUCUCGUCUAAUAGUCCGCGGGGGGCAGCGGUGGCUCGUAUUUCUGUAGCUGGCUUUCGUUCACUGGUGCUACUCCAAAAAGAGCACGUCAAAUUUAAAUGCUGGCCUCAGCGCUCGGGCGGAUCUCCGGAUCUUACCGAGCCACAUUCCUAGUCGAGUCAGCCGGCCGCAAAUUUCCCCAUCUUCCGCUCGUCUUUUUUGUUGCUAGCAUCGCUCCUUGUCUUCGCGGAGGAUGUUAGAGAGGCACAAUGGAAAAAUGUUAAAGGUUGUUGCUAUGCAUUUCAGGCUCAAGAGCCAGCUAAAUGUUAAGGUUUUUUUUUUUGUUUUUUUUUAUAAUCUCUCCAAUGAGACGAACGGGAACCAUCCCGCUGCAGACCUUUGCUGUUUUCUGACGUAAUACAGAAAAGUCAGAGGCUGCUAUGUCCCUGCUCUGGUCUGCAGAGGUGUGCGGUGAACUUGAAAGCAAUGAAACAUUUAGUUUCCGUGGUUUUUU